AUGGCGGAAGUGCAAAAAUUUGAAGUUGAGAAGGAUCCCGAAGCUGGGAUGGAAUCACCAAAAGCCGAAGAUGACGUGAAACCAGUGCCCCCUGCAUGGAAGGAGGUCUAUGGAGGAAGUAAAUUUGAAGUUAGAUCCUUGUUCCCUCCCUUCACCUGGCUACCUGCCUACGUCAGAUAUGCCAAAGGCACUGCUAGCACCGGAGACAUCGAAAAGAUGGGAGAACUGCCGUACUCCAUCAAGGGAGAUUUGAUUGCAGGUCUCACAGUGGGUCUGAUGCUGGUGCCGCAGUGUUUGGCCUUCGCCUUGCUGGCAGGCUUGCCCAUUCGGGCAGGCUUGUACUCCUCCUUUGCGCCCCUGGUGAUUUAUGCAUUGCUCGGUACCCUUCGACAGCUUCAGGUGGGGCCCACUGCCUUGAUCAGCUUAUUGACAGGGCAGGCCUUAGAUGCAGUGAACUUGUUGGGCGAUGAGGAGCGCUUGAGUGGGGCCUGCACCUUAGCUUUGCUGGUGGGCCUCGUGAGUUUUCUGCUGGGCGUUUUGCGCUUUGGCUUCGUGGUGGAUUUUAUGUCGCACAGCGUCAUGAGUUCCUUCUGUACCGCCUCAGGCGUGAUCAUUGCCACAUCCCAACUAAAGCAUGUCCUUGGCAUCAAUAUCAAGAGGCACAAGUACUGGUGGCAGACUGCAUAUGACUUGUGCAAACACCUUCCAGAGAUCGAUGCGGCAACUGCAGUGCUUGGCUUCACGCUUCUGGCAAUGCUGACCUUCUUUAAGAAGUAG